AUGGAAACAAAGUUCAAUAACAACUAUGAUAGCAGAUCAUGUGUGAUCGGUGUCAAUGGUGUAUGUGCCUCAAGUCAAACAUUGGCAUCACAAGUUGGUGUUGAUGUACUAAAGAGAGGCGGCAAUGCUGCUGAUGCUGCCGUUGCCAUGGCUUCAAUGCUCAACCUUACACAACCAUGUUCAACUGGAAUAGGAGGUGAUUGCUUUGUCUUGUUCUGGAAUAACACAACCAAACAGAUACAUGGCAUCAAUGGAAGUGGCCGAGCACCCAAGAACCUUAACAUCGAGAUCUUAAGGAAGAUCAAUAUCACGGGUGAUUCAAUACCUCCAGAGAGUCCAAUGGCUAUCACUAUACCAGGUGCAGCAGCAGCAUGGUGUGACACUAUUGAGAAGUUUGGAAGUGGCAAACUGACAAUGAUGGAGAUCCUACAACAGACCAUAGACUAUUGUGAACAAGGUGUACCAAUCCAACAAAAGACAGCAGUUUGGUGGGACAAGUCAUCACAUCAACUAAAGAACUCACCCAAUGGCGAUGAGAUGCUCAUCAAUGGAAAGCCACCAUUGGCAGGGGACAUCUUUAGGAAUCCAAACCUUGCCAAUACAUUCAGACUGCUGGCACAACAUGGAAAGCAAGGUUACUACAAGGGUGUCGUGGCUGAUGCCAUUGUCAAGGUGAUCAAUGACCUUGGUGGAGUGCUCUCACACGACGAUCUCGAAUCACACAGUUCCACAUUCGACACACCAAUCUCUGUAAACUAUCGUGGAUACAAUGUCCAUGAAAUGCCACCCAAUGGCCAAGGUAUCACUGCCCUUGUAGCACUGAAUAUACUUGAGGGCUUUGACCUGGCCUCACUUGGACCACACUCUGAACAGCACAUACAUUUGAUGAUCGAAGCAUUGAGACUGAGCUUUGCAGAUACAAGGUAUUAUGUGGCUGAUCCAGCUUAUUCAAAAAAGGGAUAUCCUGCAAACAGUAGCAGUACUGUAUAUCUUAGUGUUGUAGACAAGCAUGGCAAUGGAUGUAGCUUCAUCAACUCAAACUAUAUGUCAUUUGGAACGGGAAUCAUUCCCAAGGGUUGUGGAUUCACACUACAGAACAGAGGAUCAAACUUUGUAUUGGACGAGUCACAUCCUAAUGCCCUGCAACCGGGCAAGAGACCAUACCAUACAAUCAUCCCUGGUAUGAUCACAAAGGAUGGUGAAUUGUUUGCAACGUUUGGUGUGAUGGGUGGAUUCAUUCAGCCACAGGCACAUGUGCAGACUGUCGUCAACCUGAUUGAUCAUCGCAUGGACCCUCAGUCAGCACUGUCUCACCCUCGGUUCUUUAUCGAUGAUGGUACCAAAGAUGGUAUUGUAUUGUUCGAACCUGGUGUCCCACAGCAGAUCAUCAACAAUCUUCAAGCUCGCGGUCACAACGUUCAGGUGGAACAUGUCCAAGGUGAUGACCGACGUACCUUUGGCAAUGGUCAAGUUAUCGUGGUGAAGUCACUUAGUGAGGCCAACAACAACAGCAGCAGCAGACGUGUAUUGGUAGCUGGCAGUGAUAACAGGUGUGAUGGUGUAGCAACAGCCUAUUAG